AUGUUUGUGAACGAAACACUAUCUCCACUCAAAGUAGAGGGGCGUAAAUUAAAAUCAGCCAUUACUAAUUUCUUCGAAACAGUAUUCAAAGAUAAUAUGACUGAACAAGGACAAGUAAGUAACAUAUCGGACGGUGUUAUUGUGAUGGCUUUUCGAUCUGCUAUUGCAUCUUAUGGUUACCAGAUAGAAACCCAUAAAGUGUUGACUGCUGAUGGAUAUAUUUUAAAAAUACAUAAGGUCACAUCAAGGGUCCCGGAUUCCUUUGGUAUUAAAAGGAGAAUAGUUUUAUUACAUCAUGGUUUAUUUGGUUGUUCUAUGGACUGGCUCCUUCUUGGUCCUAAAGACUCGCUACCAUUUAUACUUUUGGAAUCUGGGUUGGAAGUUUGGUUAGCUAAUUCCAGAGGAAAUCAAUUUUCCAAAGAACACAUUUCUAGAAGUGUUAGUUCAGCAGAAUUUUGGGAUUUCACUUUUCAUGAAAUCGGUGUGUAUGAUCUCCGUGCUAUUUUGGAAUAUUUGUAUGAUACCAAAUCGGAACAUGCUGACAUUGUAUUUCUGGGUUACUCGCUCAGUGGUACUUCUUUACUUGUUUUACUUUCUCUAUUACCCGAAUAUAAUAAUAUGAUAAAAAGUGCAGUCCUCUUGGCGCCUCUAGUAUUCAUGAAUGACAUUAAGGGACCACUAAAAGAUAUGUCAGACGUUUAUCACGAAAAUUACAAUUCAACAAUGCUCAUCGGGAGAAACCAAGAAGAACUAUUGAAAGAAGAUGAAUCAUUGAAAGGCAUUACAGAAAAAUAUUGCAAAGGAAACAAAGUAUUAUUGACGAAUUCUCUACUUUGUUUAAAAUACGGCAUGACUGUGAUGUCAAGGAUGGACGAACUUUUAGUCAAUUCAACUUCAGGAGGUUCAGAGAAGACACUUAUUCAUUAUUUUCAAAUGAUACAAACUAAGCGUUUUGAAAUGUUUGAUUAUGGAAUCGAAAAUAAUUCCAGGGCAUAUGGCUUGUCCUCCCCACCUGAAUAUCCACUAAAUGAUGUAUCAGUACCAUUAUAUAUUUUUACUUCCACUGCUGAUACGAUGUCAACUAGGAAUGAUAUUAAUAAACUUAAAAGUUUUGUACCAUUUAUAAACCAUACGGUAUUAAACAAAAGUGAUUUCUCACACCCUCAUUUUAUUUUAGGCAGGACUGCCCCGGAAUUAUUAUAUAAAAAUAUAGCAGGUAUUAUUAACUAUACCUAA